ACAUUCUAGUAAAGUACUGACGUUGGAGGGCGAGACCUACGCACCUGGCGCACGUUAAUUGACCCAGCCGCAUUCCACAAGAACAACCCUCUUUUCUCACUCGUCAAAGCGCAUCCUCCUCGCAGCACCCCCUUGCUCCGCCAUCUCUCAUCCUCCGGUUGCUUCCCUUGAUUGUUGCCGUUGUUAACUAUGGCUGAUGAUGAGCCAGUAGAUCCAAAGAAGGAACUUGAAGACCGUUGCAAAGCUCCUUGUACACGGCCACUUAAAGAAUAUCAGGCAUGUGCUAAGAGAAUUCAAGGUGAUGAAUCUGGGCACAAGCAUUGUACCGGACAAUACUUCGAUUACUGGCGCUGUGUUGACAAAUGCGUCGCCACUAAGCUAUUUUCUUAUCUUAAGUAACAGAGAGAGAGGACCACAUUGGUAUACUCUAGCGCCGGAUAACGCUGUUUGAUUUUUCAAAGCCAAUCAUUUUCUUUCCCUUGUGUACUUGAGACAGAAUGAUGCCUGUCCGGAACUCCUUGGUUACAUGAAAUUUUGAGAUAUGGUUGCUUGACGGAUCAAUAAAUGAAUUGUGGAUUUGGAUUCUAUAUGCUUUAGCAUGUUGAGUUGAUUGCUUUCAUGAUGUAAGCUUAAUAGUUUGUGUU